AUGGUGUCGCUCCGUCCGAUCACCCUCGAAGGGGUGCCGCAAGCUCCAAAGUCUGACCACCCAUGCGCUCGCCUGUCUUCCCCGCAUGUCGUUGUUGCUGGCGCCACAAGCGAGCUGCUUAGCCGCUCCACGAUGCGUGAACAGCGACCAGAUCGCAGUCUGCCUCGAUCGUUUCUCGAUCGAGUGCGCGAGGAUGUCCCAAGAUGCAGCGUCGUCAGUGAUGUACACACGAUCUUAUCCAGGUAA